GUUUACGGUGGUGUGGGUAGUGUUCCGGCGGUGGUGCGCGGUAUUAGAGGAAGUGGCGGGGCUGGCGCGCACGUGGAGGAGGUAGUAGAGAAUGUCUUUUCGUGGAAGAGGAGGUGGAGGAGGAAGAGGAGGCGGCUUCAAUCGAGGAGGAGGAGGUGGUGGUGGUGACAGAGGUGGCUUUAAUCGUGGUGGACGAGGUGGCUUUGGACGGGGAGGUGGACGAGGAGGCUUCAACAGAGGCGGAUUUGACCAGGGGCCUCCGGAAAGUGUAGUUUUACUGGGAGAGUUCAUGCAUCCCUGUGAAGACGACAUUGUUUGUAAAUGUAAAACAGAAGAAAACAAGGUGCCUUAUUUCAACGCUCCCGUGUAUCUGGAUAAUAAGCAACAGAUUGGCAAAGUGGAUGAAAUCUUUGGACAGCUGAGGGAUUUUUAUUUUUCAGUGAAACUGUCGGAGAAUAUGAAAGCCUCUUCAUUUAAAAAAAUGCAAAAGUUUUACAUUGACCCAGCAAAGCUACUACCGCUUCAGAGGUUUUUGCCAAGGCCACCUGGAGAAAAAAGUGCUCCCAGAGGAGGUGGUAGAGGAGGACGUGGUGGUGGACGUGGAGGAGGAAGAGGUGGUGGCAGAGGAGGAUUUGGAGGAGGAAGAGGAGGAGGAAGAGGUGGAGGAAGAGGAGGAGGAGGGUUCAGAGGAGGAAGAGGUGGAGGAGGAGGAAGAGGUGGAGGAGGAUUCAGAGGAGGAAGAGGUGGUGGAGGAGGCUUUCGGGGAAGAGGAUAUUAAACAUGGAACCACGAAUAUCUCCCCGCUGUCUUAACACAUCAUCUGCGUAAGUGAAGAACAAGGAAAAAACUUUCUAAAGGACCUUGAAAAAGUUCUUUUUAUGAAGAACUUGAAGCUGUAAAAUAUCAGUUAUUUUUACACUUAAUGACUGUUGAUCGACACUUGAGGAGAGCAUAGCUCCAGGCAAAGAACUGAAGACUCUUCAGAAUAUACUUGGACUUUUUCAACUAAGCCAAGAUUCAGUGUUGUCCUUAAACUGUUUGUUUCUGAGGAGUAACGUAGUCAAUGCUUAACUUCAUGUUGGAGUUUGGAGUAAACAAUCAGUUGAAAUGUUUUUUGAAAACACUUUACAGCUUCACUACAUGCGCAUUCAUCAAUAGGAACCUGUUACCUAUGUGUGACUGAUCCCUAGUUCUCGUCCUCUUUUUUUUAUAUUGAAUAUUCUGUGUUGCUCUAAGGUGGACAUGCCUUCUAAGCAGCCUUUAUGAACCUUUUUUACAAACUAAACUUCAGAAUUUUGUGUUGUUAAAAUUUGUUCAUAUGUAAUUAUGUGUAAAAGGAAAGGAAGAUAGUAAAGGAUAUUUUGUGGAUUUUUCUGUGUAAAUGUCAAUGAAAGCCAAACACAUUAAGACAUCUUCUUAAAAGUUGCUGACUAGUGAAUAAGACAAGGUUUAUACUGUUAAGUCACCUAAUUAUGUCUAAUUGUAUGGAUAUUAAAAUUGCUGAGGGUUUUUAACUG